CAAACGUUUCCAAUUCCUUCUCCACACACAGCAGUCAGCACGGAUAGAAACUUUCUCCUUCUCUCUAAAAAGCUUUCUUCAACAUUGUCUUCCUUCUAUGUUCUGUGGCUGUUAGUCAUCGAUGCAAAGAAAUGCGAUUUCAAAUUACUCCAAAUUAGGUCUUCUUGAGCUAUGAGUCUUGCAGUUAUGUUGGAAUCCGCAACUUGUUUCCGCAGUCCUAAGGGACACGUUAUUUUCAAUCAAAAAAGCACAUCUUGGAAAAACAAUAAUGAGAAUUCAGUUUUUUGUGUACAAUCUAUCAAUACAUCGCAUUCCCACAAGCAGCAAGUUUGUGUGCCAUCAUUAGGCGUAAAGUACAGGAUGCAUCCUGCUUAUUUUGUUUCGGGAUUUGUCUUUGAAGGCACACCUCUACUAAAUUCCUCGAUAUCUAAUAAGAGGAAAUUCUUUAACAAUGGUUUCGGAAAAUCGGGAUGGCAAUCUAGGUCUCAAAUACGGGCAUCUAUUGACGUUGCCAACGCUGUUGAUGUCAUUAAUGAUCUAGGAUCGGAUACUUUGACAUUCUUAGGUGUGACUGUUGUGGUUGUUCCCGUGUUCAAGAUCAUUAAAGCUAGCCCUAUACUUGGCUUUUUCUUUGCGGGCAUUGUACUUAAUCAGUUUGGCUUCAUAAGAAAUCUUACAGAUGUUAAGAUUUUAUCUGAAUGGGGGAUCCUUUUCUUGCUUUUUGAGAUGGGUCUGGAGCUUUCACUUGCUCGUCUAAAAGCGCUUGCAAAAUUCGCAUUUGGGAUGGGAUUGACUCAGGUUGUAUUAUCCACUCUUGCUUUCACAGCAUUUGAACUUCCCCCGAAUGGGGCUAUUGGAACAAGAAUUUUGGAGUUUCUUUUUCACUCGAGAUCUGAUCUGGUGAAUAUCAGAAGCAUUGAUGAGGCUGUUGUGAUUGGUGCUGCUCUUUCAUUAUCUUCUUCCGCUUUUGUUCUACAGCUUCUUGCAGAGAAGGGUGAGCUUCCAACAAGAUUUGGCUCAGCAACUUUGGGCAUACUUCUUCUGCAGGACAUUGCAGUUGUACCUCUUCUAGUCAUACUUCCAGUACUAGAGAGCCAGAAUUUGGUUGAGGAAAGUAUAUGGCCAAUGCUUGUGAAAGAAAGUUUAAAGGCUUUAGGUGGACUUGGACUGCUUUCUUUAGGAGGGAAAUACCUUCUAAGGCGAAUUUUCGAGGUCGUAGCAGAAGCGAGGAGCUCAGAGGCUUUUGUUGCUCUCUGCCUACUAACAGUUGCUGGAACUUCACUUCUUACCCAGAAGUUGGGUUUUAGCGAUACGCUGGGAGCAUUUCUGGCUGGGGCAUUGUUGGCAGAAACAAAUUUUCGAACUCAAAUUGAAGCUGAUAUAAGGCCAUUUAGAGGCUUACUUCUCGGGUUAUUUUUUGUGACUACUGGUACUUCUAUUGACAUGCAGCUCCUUUACCGUGAGUGGCCAAAUGUGCUUUCACUAUUGGCGGGUCUAAUUGUCAUCAAAACACUGAUUAUAACAGCAAUAGGUCCCCGUGUUGGACUUUCUUUGCAAGAAAGUGUAAGGAUAGGAUUGCUUUUAUCACAAGGAGGUGAAUUUGGUUUUGUAGUUUUUUCACUAGCAAACAGGCUUGGUGUCCUACCCCUUGAGCUUAACAAGCUGCUCAUAAUUGUGGUUGUAUUGUCAAUGGCAUUGACCCCAUCGCUCAACGAAGUGGGAAGAAGGGCAGCUGAUUUCCUUGAUGACAAGUUUGAUGUAGAAGAUAGAGCAGAGAUGGUUAACUUCAACACUAGUGAACCUAUUGUAAUUCUUGGAUUUGGACAGAUGGGUCAGGUCCUUGCCAAUUUCUUGUCAACCCCAUUGGCUGCUGGGGUAGAUGGCGACAUUGCUGGAUGGCCUUGUGUAGCUUUUGAUUUGGAUCUUUCAGUAAUAAAGGCAUCCAGAAAACUUGGUUUCCCAAUUUUUUAUGGGGACGGUUCACGUCCGGCAGUUUUGCAAUCUGCUGGUGUUUCUUCUCCAAAAGCUUUCAUGAUCAUGUAUACUGAAAAGACAAGGUCAAUGGCGGCUGUCCAAAGGCUUCGACUUGCCUUCCCUUCGACCCCUAUUUAUGCAAGAGCUCAAGACCUCACGCAUCUUUUGGAUCUGAAGAAAGCAGGGGCAACCGAUGCUAUUUUGGAGAAUGCAGAGACAAGUCUACAGCUUGGCUCAAAGCUUUUGAAGGGGCUUGGUGUCAUGUCUGAUGAUGUGACCUUUCUGAGUCAGCUUUUUCGGGACUCUAUGGAGCUGCAAGCUCUUGACGCACUCAAUAAAACGGAAGAUCGAGAAUUCGACAAUAUGAACUCCUUGCAGGUGAGAGUGGCUGACUUUAUUGGAAUGCAAACAACUAUUUCAUCUACAUCUCGUGAUAACGAGUUGCCUAAAGUGAAUGAGACAGAUGCGACUGAAGUUUUAAGCUUGCAGGGCAAGGCAGAUCAGAUAGCAAAUGAUAAUGAGGUACAACUGUCUGAUGAUCUAGAGGGCAACGGCGUUUUAUAUUGUGAUCUAAAUGGAGACGUUAGUCUUCCGGGUGAGGCUGAAAAUGCAGAAACAGAGAAAGAUUUGGUUGGGUUAUCGGAACCUUGUACAACAACUAGAAAUGAAGCUUAAAAGGAGUGUGCAUAUUUCAAUUACUGCUAUAGCCUUCUUAAUGAUUUUAUUGCUUGUGUGUAAGUAAUAGCUCCAUUUAAGUAGGGUAAGUUCACUAAUUUUGCUGCUAAGUCUAACAUAGGCAUAGAGAGAAGCUCUAGAGGAUUGCGAAGAGUGAGACUGGCCUUUUUAACGGCAGGAGCACUGGAGCAGUCCAUAGGGGUUUUAUUAGGGUUUCAAUUCUUUCUUGGACCAGACUUUCUUGGACCAGAGAAUGACUAUUAUUGAUCUUGUUAUCUACCAUAAAAUGAUUCAAUGAUAGCUUACUUUUGCUCUCUUUUGUAUAAA